AUGCGAAGUGCCCGUCGUCUGCUGCCCCAUGUUUGCUGGAAGCAGUGCUUCGCUUCGAGAGGCUCGCGAUUCUCGGAGAUACUUCUACGCGCAUAUGCUCCGUGGCAUGGCUUGCAGCCUUCGUCAAGAUGUGCGCGCACGCGGGCUGGACGUCAGACAGGGGGGCCACGGGCCCCGACGCCAGAACCGCGGCCAGAGGAGUCGCCAAGCAAGUUUGCAGACCUGGAGCUGUCCGCAGAAACUCAGACGGCCCUGCGUGAAGGCUUUGGCUACCAGGAGCUUUCCCAGGUGCAGGCGCAGGUGCUGCCCAUGGCCCUGGUCAAGAAUUUCGACCUUGUUGUCCGAGCGCAUACAGGCACUGGCAAGACACUUGCCUUUCUCAUCCCGGCCAUCGAGAAGCUGGCGGCCGAACCAGAAGGGCAGGGCGUUGCCAUCCUGGUGGUGUCUCCAACAAGAGAGCUGGCGUUGCAGAUUGGGCGUGAGGCGGAGACGCUCCUGUCACCGCAUGACAUUUCGUUGAUGACCAUGAUCGGCGGCACCAGCACAAGGCAUGACCAGGUGUCGUUGAGGCGAGUCAAGCCUCGAGUUCUUGUCUCGACACCCGGGCGACUGCUGGAGCACCUGGAGAGGACCUACCUGUUUGCGACCUUGGUCCAGAAUCUUCAAACAUUGGUUUUGGACGAGGCGGACCGGCUCCUGAGCCUGGGCUUCCUGCCUGAGGUGCGGGAGAUCGUGUCGUACCUUCCCACACAGCGCCGCACCAUGCUCUUCUCUGCAACAAUGCCGGAAAGUGUCAUGGAUGUUGUGUCCAAAGCAUGCCGUGGUAACUACCGCUACAUCGACUGUGUUGGGGAGGAGUCCCAGUCAACUGCCAGCACUGCGGAGCAGUCCUACGUGGUGUUGAACGGGCACCAGUGCCUCGCAGCGCUGUACAACCUCAUCAUGAACGAGAUGGCUGCAGACAGGUAUGGUUACAAAAUCUUGGUCUUCUUUGCUACAGCCCGACUGACAACCUUCAUGGCCCAGUUCUUCCGGGAGCAGCUGCGAAUAGGCGUCUACGAGAUCCACAGACGACGUGAUGCUGAUGCACGGAUUGCGACACAAGAGCGCUUCAAGGAAGCACAGUCCGGCAUCCUCUUUUCCUCAGAUGUCUCGGCUCGCGGCAUGGACUAUCCCAAUGUGACUCUCGUGCUGCAGUUCGGAGCACCAGCAACUCGAGAGAUGUACAUCCACCGAGUGGGUCGCACGGCACGCGCAGGCAAGAGCGGCCAAGCUGUCCUCAUUCUGGGAGAACUUGAGAGCUCCUUUUUGACAGCGGUGCAGGACUUGCCCAUCCGGCAGCAUGAGAGGGCAGAGGAGUUGAAGCGAGUCAACGAGUUGCUCAUCAAGGCGACGACUUCCUGGCUUGCCUCUGCACCCCUUCGGGCAGCAGCCAGUGCCGCUUUCGCCUCACUUCUCGUCCACUACAAGGCUACACACCGGAUCUUGCACAUGGAGGAUGAUGCUGUCAUUCAGGCUGCGAGCGAUCUUCUGCUUGGUUGUGGACUAGUCGAUCAACCCGUGAUCUCACGGCGCUUGGGUGUCAUGCUUGGCCUCGAGAAGAAUCCCUUGAUCCAAUGCGCGAGGAGGAUCGGAGAGCAGGACGACGUGCUGCAGGAGCAAGAACUUCCAGGAGCUGCUGGCCCUUGGAGAGGGUAA